AAAGUCAUAGGUCAAACAAACAAUGAAAACAUAAAUUCUGCGUGAUUGUUGAACUCGCACAAAGAAUUUGUUUAUACACAACAGUAAUUCACAUUUAUCACUGAAAAUGUUGUCGAUAGGCCCCAAGAUGGAUGGUGGACCUAACACAAAAUAUUUUGAAAGCCCUGAAACGAUAAAUGCCCUCGAAGGUGUAAAAAAUUGGCUACAAAAAAAUGCGAAGAAAUACAUCAAUGAUCCAAUAACAAACAAGGUAAUUGCUCAAACUGCUGUUCAAUUCCUUCAGUUCCAGGAAGAUUUUCUUGGUAAAAAGGCACAAAAACCUCCCAUAACUCGAAUACCUGUAAAACAUUUCCUCGACUUUAAACCGGGGGGUGGUUUAUGUCAGCUGUUAACAGCUGCGUUGAAGUAUAAAAUGGAGCAAGGGUGGAGGCGUUUUGAAAUGCCUUCUGGUAAGAAUAAUCCAAAGUUUGAGAAAAUCAUCGAAAUGUUUCAAUUAAUGGAAAAAGCAUUGAUUCAAAUUAAAUUAUACACAUAUCCUGUGGUGUAUAUUGCGCCCAGCGUUGAUAAAAUCGUAGGUCAAAAAAUAAAGGAAAUAGUUAGAAGACGAAAUGGCCAGAUUGUAGAUACGGAAGAAAAUGCGACACAUAUUUUAUACAACAUUGCGGAAUCGCCUGUUGAGGAAUACGGAAGGCCAGUAAUACGAAGAGAUAAAAUGGUCUUAAUGCAUUGGUAUUACUUUCCAGACUCUUUUGAUACUUGGGUUAAUUGGGAAUCAAUAGGUCUUGAUGGUAUAUCAACUGAUAGUCCAAGUCCUAGGACUGGUCCAUGGCAUAUUGCAUAUUCUUGGGUUUUUGAUACUGACCAGUAUAAUGAGUGGAUGUGCGAGGAAGACUAUGAAGUUGAUGAAACGGGUAGGAAGAAAGUUCAUCCGAGAUUAAUGUCUGUGGAAGAUCUCAUGAAUCCAUCAGAUGAAAACAGUAAAAAGAAAAGAGAUAAAAGGAGACGAUCUCCUUCGCCUUCGUCAAAAAGCGCAAAGCGCAAAAGUGGAAGGAGCCUUGGCAUAUACAAAAAAAACAGCAGAGAUGAUGAACCUGAGGAUCUCACAAAAGACAUGGAGGAUCCUUUGCCAGAAACAACUCUUACAGAAGUGCCAUCAUCGCCCAAUAGUCAGGGGGCAUUGAAAAAGGACAGUGACUCACAAGCGUUAAAAAGUGGCUCUAUCACAGAACUGGAUGAGUCGGAGGACAAAACUGAGGAUAAUUCGCAGACAGGAAAAACCAGCGACAGUAAUACUCAAGAUGACGGACAGGAAGAUAAUGUUACGGAGCAAACACACUAUAUAAUUAUUCCAUCAUACUCUGCUUGGUUUGACUACAAUUCAAUUCAUGAAAUAGAGAAACGGGCUAUGCCAGAAUUUUUUAAUUCUCGCAACAAGUCCAAAUCGCCUGAAAUCUACCUUGCAUAUAGGAAUUUUAUGGUGGAUACAUACAGAUUAAAUCCAACAGAAUACAUAACAAGCACAGCUUGUAGGCGAAACUUAGCAGGAGAUGUUUGCGCUAUUAUGAGAGUACAUGCCUUUUUAGAACAGUGGGGUUUAAUAAAUUAUCAGGUGGAUAGUGAUUCCAGGCCGUCUGCAGUGGGCCCACCGCCCACUUCACACUUUCAUGUAUUAUCCGAUACUCCUUCCGGAUUACAACCUGGCAAUGCUACCAAAACGCCACAACCCAGUGCAGCAAAAACGCUUUUAGACUUGGAUAAGCCCCAAGAACUGAAGAGGGAUGGGGAGCCUUUGGCUAGUUUCGGUCUAAAGCUGGACCAAUAUUCAAAAAAACCGAUUGUAUUUAGAAAUAAAACGGCUGCAUCCUUGACUAGAGACUGGACUGAACAAGAAACCCUGCUUCUUUUAGAAGGCUUGGAAAUGUAUAAAGAUGAUUGGAAUAAGGUAUGUGAGCAUGUAGGAUCCAGAACACAGGACGAGUGUAUACUGUACUUUUUACGACUGCCAAUUGAGGAUCCGUAUAUAGAAGAUUCAGAGGUUGGCGGCGCUUUAGGGCCUCUAGCUUAUCAACCAAUACCUUUCAGUAAAGCAGGCAAUCCUAUUAUGUCCACAGUCGCGUUUUUAGCGUCAAUUGUUGAUCCCAGAGUAGCUGCAGCUGCAGCCAAAUCAGCGAUGACUGAAUUUGCCAGCAUAAAAGAUGAAGUUCCAGCAGCAGUCAUGGAUGCGCAUCUGAAGAAUGUCGAAGCAUCUUCAGCUUCAGGCAAAUAUGAUCCGGCCAAUUUAGCCUUAACAGGCAUUGCUGGAACUGCCUGCGAAAAGGAAGAUGAGCCCAAGAAGGAAAAGGAAGAGGAAGCUGCUGUGGAAGCACAGGAGGAGAAAAGAGAAGUGAAAUUAGAUCCUGAUGACACAGCAUCACAAAGUCCAUCUGCGGAAAUUAAAGUUAAGGACAGUGAAAUGCAAAGUGCCGCAGCAGCAGCCUUAGCCGCUGCUGCUGUCAAAGCGAAACACUUAGCUGCCGUGGAGGAAAGGAAAAUUAAAUCUUUGGUGGCGUUGUUAGUAGAAACUCAAAUGAAGAAAUUGGAAAUCAAGCUGCGUCAUUUCGAAGAAUUGGAAACCACAAUGGAACGAGAAAGAGAAGGUUUGGAGUAUCAGAGGCAGCAGCUUAUUACAGAACGACAACAGUUCCAUUUAGAGCAACUGAAGGCUGCAGAAUUUCGAGCACGACAACAAGCUCACCAGAGGCUGCAAGCAGAGCAAGGCCAAUGGCCUCCACAAAAUCAGUCCUCUGCAGGCUCUAAUUCCAGUGACACUGGACCAAGUACUACUCCAACACCUCCUUCUCCUCAAGCAUCUGCGGUUUCUUCUCCUCAAACGCCUCCUCAUCAUCAUAUUGGGGACGGUCAAGAUAGCGAGUGAAGUCAGGCAGCUUCUCAUACUUUAGACCAGAUUUAGCAACAGUUGAUGUUAUCGUAAUUAAGACGCUAGUAAUUUAAAAAUCUUUGUGUCGAGGUGAAAUCUCCAUUUCAGCUUGAUGAAAAUAUUGAGAUAUCAAAACUUCCCUGUAUGGGUUCUUUAUAUUCUAGACUUAGUGCUUUGUUUGAAUAAUAUAUAUGCUUUAUUCGUCAGGGUAAGAGUGCAGCAAUGAUUACUUUUUUUUAUUCAGUUUAUACGAAUAACUUUUUCUUUUCAAGUUUUUGUCUUCAGAAGGCUCAGUUAAUUGAAAUUUAUUUUUGUUUAUAUUUGACAGAUAUUUAUAUUUUGUUUUAUUUAAUUGAAAUUUAUAUGUUGUUACAGUUAAUUGAAAUGUAUUUACUUUUAUGAUUUAUUAUCGACAGAAAAAAAAGGUGUUCUACACGCUUCUAUGGUUUGAAAUAUAUUUAAUGUCGUUGUGAUGUGAAUUUUGGGGAUUAAAAAUGUGUAUUUAAUA